AUUCAGUUUAUUCAGAUCUCUCCUAGGAACAGGUUCUAACAAAAUUCAAAAAUAUAAAAAUUUCUUGGUAAACAAAAAUUCAAAAUUCUAUAACCGAAACAAAAUUUGUAGGUAAAAAAAUUUCUUGGACAAAAAAAACAAAAUAAAAUAAUGUUCGGACAAAAUCAUUUCAAUGAACCAUUAAUAAACACCUGUGAGAUGUAUCCGCGUCGGAGGCCCACGGAAUUCUAUCGCUCUCCAGACCCACGACCAUCGAUCCAAAGUGUGAUGGCGGAGCAUCCGAGGGAUAAGCUUGACUCUGAAAGUAUCGACCAGAUGCCCGAUCCUCCACUUCCUCGCAUCCGGCCACCACGCACCUCGGCAACGGAUUUUAUGCGAAAUAAUUACUUUUCGUAAUGGAAAUAAUGGAGAUUUAACAGAAGGGAACAUGGAACCUAUCAAGAAUCGAAUGUCCUGCUUGUUGGUUUGGUUUACAGAGUGUAAGAAGUGCAACAGAUCAGAGGAUGAAUGCAGUAUUUGUAAGAAAGUAAAGAAGAAUCGUUCAGAAGAAUUCAAAGAUUGAUAUUGGAUGUUUUAUGGCAAGACAGAAGCGUAAUGUGUUGAAACACUUGAAUACUUGUCCAAAUUGAAAUUGUAUGGGACUGACUGGCAAGCAGACGAAAACUUUGGAAAACAAAAAAUCAUCACUUCAAAAACAAUUUGCAAGCAUGGUUUUUACAUCGUGAUAUAACCCUCCUUUUGUGCAACGCAUCAAGAAUUUACCUAAAGGCUUUUGGUACAUUGGAACCUACAUACCUACCUACCUACCUUUUGACUUUUGGAUAUACCUAUUCGAUAUGAAAAUUAACGUGUGGCACUUUCAAGACAGACUUUAUCAAGAGAAUUUCCAUAUUCUCACAUUCCUUUCAUAUAAAUGGACAACUCUGUAUUCAAUUUAUCAAAACGGAUUGUAAAGGAAUUGCUUACUUUGUCUGCGUGUGUCAUACUCCUGUAUAAUU